AUGGAUCGGGUCAAGCUGUUCUCAGACAUGGAGCACUUCGACAUAAAUGAUGCGAAAUGCACGGAUGAGUUUGAUAGGGAGUUCGUGCUCACGGCAAUCAACGAGUGGUACGGCAACAGCGAGGCAUUCGUGGAAUAUGUGAGGGGCCCGAUGCGCAUGGAGAUGUCCAAGAUGGUUCUUCAAGCUAGCACGCCCUGGAGUCACUGCUUGUUGAUCACCACUGCAUGUGUCUGCCAGACGUUGACUGCUUUGCUAUCACUUUGGAAGUGUGGCUCCCCCGUGGACGUUUGUCUGAGCUACCUGCUUUCGACCGUGAUAGGUCAAAGUUUUUUCUUCUACAUGCUAACGAUCAAGCUGUCACUGCAUCUCUGCGACCGGUUCGCAGCCCCACUUCGGUCCGGUUUCUGCAACAUCCUCCAGAGCUGCCUGAUUUUCUCCUGCUGGCUUGUGGCGGUUACUGCGGGAGACAUCCUCUCCAGGCUUGCGUACAAAGCUGGGAUUGCAGCCUCCAUGGCAUUUCUAGGGGCUACGGUGCUCACUCUUUGGCUGCCAGCUUGGCUGGUGCUUCCUUGA